UAGCUAUCCUCAUUUGCAAGAAGGCGAGGCGCGACAUGCUGCCGUCUCUCGUUCUAACUCUAUUGCUCUAUUGCAGCUCAACAGUCUGUAUUCGAGCAGACACAUGCCCUACUCGAUGCCACUGCAAGGGAACGAUUGUUAACUGCUCCAGCUCCGGUCUCCACGCCCUCCAUUGGACUCUGCCUCCUCAAACAACCGAAUUAUAUUUGCAGGAUAACAAGCUUAAAUCGAUUUCUGCCCGUUUGCUGCAAGGUCUCCCUCAUUUAAGAAUAUUAAACAUUGCUGACAACUUAAUAUCAAACGUUAACCCUACCUUGGUAGAACAUCUUGUACCACUCCAAGCAAUCUAUUUGGAAGGCAACCCACUUCACUGUUCAUGUAACAUUGUCCGCCUUGCCAGACUAAUAGAGUUUCAGUUCAAAACUGCUGGCUUUGGUUCUUCCAUUGAUGUUCGAGAGCCAACAUGCCAAACACCUCGGUCAUUAUCUGGCAUUCAGCUUCGACGGUUUGAAUCUGUGAAUGGUGGAUGCAAUCAUCGGACUGUUCGCUCUGUUUCCCCUGGGUCACAGCUGGACAACUCAAACAAAGAUAGCUUCAGUGCUAGCGCCAGUGGAAUGCAAAGUGGCAGCGGAGCGUCUGGACUAGAGAUUCCUACAGGGAGUGGCUUUGGAUCGGGCAUGCUGCAGUAUGUGGAGGUAUUUGUGAUGGAGCUGAAAAACGCCAACUGUACAGAGUGGAAGCAAGAUACUUCACUAGUUGCUGCAUUUGCCUCUUUCUUUAUCUCCUCUCUGAAUGCUCAUCCAGAAUGUAACCAAGCAUGUCACGUGACUACAGACCAAGUCGUCAUCACUCCAACAUGCGGCAGCGUCGUUCUCACUAUCACAGCCAACAUCAACAGGACGAGUGUACCGGACGGUGUAGAUGCUACCGAUCUUGUUCAAUAUUUUCUCAAUGACGUCAUAAAAUUGAAUAAAUCCGGCGACGGCCCGAUUGUUGUGCUUGGAAAUCGAACAUUUACAGUUGGUGAUGUUUGUUAUUCAAUCUCUAAUUGUCCGAUUAUUAUCACAACUGAAGCACCCACACAGCCACCUACUGCCACACAAAGAACUCAGUCAAGUGCAACUGCAGUAUCAAGUGCAACUGCAGUUUCUUCGAGUCGUAGCAGCAGUCCAACGGCUCCUGGUGAUGGUGAGGAUGAUGGUGGAGAUGGUGGCAUCUCUACAUCUUCGAUUGCCAUCAUUGUUGUUUGUUCAGUCGUGGCUCUUCUGGUUGUACUUUUUCUUGUGAUUCGGACGUGCAGGUCACCAAGGAGUCAGAAAUACAAAGUUGAUCGACGAAGAGCUAGGAAUUUAUGGCAAGAAAUGAAAUUGUUCAAUUCCAAGACGAACAAGAAUAUGCUCUAGAAGACUAGCGUUUGGUGAGCUAGCGGAAUAUUUUUAUAACAAAAACUUUUAAUUUGUAUCUGAAACCUUGUUAGUGAAUAGUAUGUCCGAGCUGCAUAUCAUAUGCUUCCUACCCUCUGAUUCUCUUUCUAUACGCGAGGAUAUCUAUAAUACGGAUGUUCGGAAAUUGUAUUAAGAAUUACAUAUAUGGGUGCCAUGCAGACCGAGGCGAGUCUAAAAAGUUUGUUUGUUGUUUGUUUGUAAGGAUAUGCUAUUGGCAUGCAGAUUUGUUAUGCGUCAGAUCAGACAACCAACAUUGGAAAUCACUAGCCUCGCCCCAGGCGCAGUGUGAAUGGCAGCGCAUCAGUAGUGGUGAUGGCAGCGCAUUUGGGGCUGC